GGCAGUUCAGACCCCGCGGUGAAGCCCGUCUCUCUCCCUCCACACAGUGCCUGCGUUCUGCGUGUGGCCCAGGAGGACAUGGCAGGAGCCAGCUCCAUGCCAGGCCUGACACCAGACCUUCCAGGGGCGAGCUCUGGGGCCCGAGUUUGGGCAGGCGGCAGGAAGAGGACGCUCCGGCAGGAGGCCCGUCGAGGUGCCAGCUCCCGGACUGGGGUUGCUGCUGGGGCCGGCCUGGGCAUCUUGGAGCUGCAAGCUGCCGGACAGGGCCAGGAUUCGAUGCAGCUGUGCACAGUGCCUGCUCAGAGGAGGGCUCAGGCCUCCAAGAGGCUCCAGGUUUCUCUGCACGACAUCUUAGCUGAAAAACGCACCAGGAAUCUUUGUAGUAUGCCUGGGUGUCUCCCAGAGAGAGCUGUGGUCAGGCUGGCAGGGGUGGAGGAGGCAAGCUGCCCCAGGCCCAGGGAGGCCAGAGAUGGUGGGAUGAGUUCUCCAGGGUGUGAUGGAAAAUGCCCCACGCUCAGCAAUGAGGAGUCCCCUGAAAGGGGCCUGCCAUGCCCACCAGGCCCAGCCCCCGAGGGAGCAAGAAAGAAAAGCAGGAGGUGCAGGGUGUGGUCAGAGGGUGUGGAGGGGGCUGGUGGGGAUCAGUGCCCGAGUGUGGGCAGCCCUCCGCAAGCUGCUGACCUGGAGUCCCUGGCAGGCCCCCCCAGACCCCUCUCUCCCGAAGAUGCUGGGUCUGGGCCUGGAGAUCCAGGUGGAUGUUGGGCGGCAUGUGACCCAGGGACUGAGAAGUCUGGGUGUUGGCCCGCUGCAGGGGAUGGGGCCCAGCCAGGCGGCCCCUGUGGCCCUGUUGGUUUCCCGGUGCCCAGUGGAGGGGAGGCCCCCAGCCCAGCUGCACCGGCUCCUCCGCAGAGCCCUGCACGGGGCCUGGGAGCGUCCGGACGGGCUUCUGCAGCGCAGCAAGAGGCUGAGCACGGUACAGGGCCUGGCGGUGCUGAAGGCCCUGCCGUGUCACACGACCAGGAGGAGCUGGAGGCCCAGGCUCAGCCAGCGUCUGGGGGUAGUCUGGGGCAAGGACUCGCUGCCCCCACCGAUAUCCGUGCCAGCUCCCCAGAGCCCUUGGGCAGCCUCAGCUCCUCCCUGGAGCCCACAGCCAGCGAGGCCUGCUCAGGCCCGUGCGUGGGGCAGAGCAUGUGUGAGUGUGCUGAGACGGUGCAGAGGGAGCCGGUGCCUUGUGCCGGAGACCAGGGCGCAGACAGAAGCUCAAACAACCCCAACCAGGGUGAGCCAGAGGAAGCCAGCCCAGGAGGCUGCCCCACACUGGAGGAAGUGAAAGUGCCCCAGGGGGUGAAGCUUGUGUGUUAUCUGGGCUCCGGGGCAGUGGUGCAGCUCCUGGGGGCCGUCAGCCACAGCCAGGCAGCGGGGCAGCCGCCGCCAAAGCUGGAGGCUCUGGAGGACUUGAUGGAGGUCAGCUCAUCCUCACCUGCCCGCAGGCCCAGAAGGAAGGAAAGGCCCGUGGCUCUGGGCCCUGCUGGGGGCCAGGUUUUCCAGCCGCCUCCUUUGGGAGGUGCAGCGUGGGACUCUGAGGGCCUCUCCGACCCUUUCCACCUGCGGGGAAGUUGCUCCCUGCCCCUCACGGACCUCACCUUCGAUGCUGAGUGUCCUCAGAGUGGCCCAGUGGAGGCUGAAGAGGAGGAGCCUCUACAAGAGGGGACAGAGGACUCAGCUCAGCCCCAGCCCCAGCAGGAGAAGCUACCCCUGGGCGGCGCAGUGCGGGACACUGUGGCCCGUGCCAUGCAGGAGGCGCUGUGGAGUCGCCUCCAGGAGCUUCCAGACCUGGUGCUGCAUGAGGAGGUGGUGGAGGGGGUCGCAGCCAGCAUCGAGGCAGCCCUCUUCGACCUGACACAAGGCACCAACUGCCGCUACAAGACCAAGUACCGCAGCCUGCUCUUCAACCUGCGGGAUCCCAGGAACCCGGUGAGCAGGGCUUCGGGCUGGGCGGGGCGCCCCCUCGAGGCUCAGAGCCCUGGGGGGAUGUUGGGGGCCCUGGGAGCAGAGCGGUGCAGCCCCUGCCCCCUGCCCCUGCAGGACCUGUUUCUCAAAGUGGUUCAUGGAGACGUCACCCCCCACGACCUGGUGCGGAUGAGCUCAACGCAGCUGGCGCCCCAGGAGCUGGCCCGCUGGCGGGACCAGGAGGAGAAAAGGGGCCUGGAGAUCAUCGAGCAGCAGCAGCAGGAGCCGUGCAGACUUCCAGCCUCCAAACUGACGCACAAGGGCGAAGUGGAGAUCCAGCGGGACACGGACCAGACGCUGACCCUGGAGGAUCUGGCGGGCCCUGUGGCGCCCACCGACUGCAGCUCACUGGCCCCGCCCGCCACGCUAGAGGACACCACGGAGCAGCAUGAGCACUACUUUCUAGACCCCAACUGCCGCAUCUGCACAGACUGGGAGCCCUCGAGUGAGCUGCUAGGCUCCUUUGAAGCUAUCAGGAGCAGUGAGGACAAUGUCUUCCAGAGAGUCCUAAGCCUGGCUCCUCUGUCCUCUCUAGAGAUGCCCAAGGCCAGGGAGAUGCUUCCCAUGGAGCCCCAGGACAGGGUCCCUCCAUCUAGGCCCCAGAUGCCUGCCACACCCACAAAGGCCUUGCCUUGCCAGCCGCCCUGGGAGGGCACUCUGGACAUGUUCUCCAUCAAGCGGUUCCGGGUCAGGGCCCAGCUGGUCUCGGGACACAGCUAUCAGCUCGUCCAGGCCCUGCCCGAGGUGAUCCGCUCAGCAGGCUGCAUCCCCCCAAACACUGUGUGGGACCUUCUGGCCAGCAUCGGCCCAGCUGAGGCCAAGGACGUCUGCGUGGUCAGGCUGUGUCCACAGAGGCCACAGGACACCCAGAAUUGCCACCUUCUCUACUCCUACCUCAACAACAAGCAGCGCCACAGCCUGGCCGCUGUGGAGCAUGUGGGGGUGGUCCUGCUGCCCCUGCCCGCCUUCCAGCCCUUGCCCACCAGACUGCGCCCUCUGGGGGGCCCAGGUCUGGAAGCCACUCACUCAAGUCUGUUGCUGGCUGUGCUGCUUCCCAAGGAAGGGCUUCCAAACACAGCAGGGUCCAGCCCCUUGUGGGGGAAGGUUCAAAAGAUGGUCUCCUUCAACAGGAAAGUGGAGAUGAGAUACUACCACCCAGAGUCCAGGAGGCCGCAUGUGGCCCUGAAGGGGUCCCCUCCCCAAAAGCAUACCCUGCAGCAGAGCCAGGAGAAAGGCAGUCUGGCCUCAAGGGGAAUUUCUGCUUGGCAGAGGCUUCCCAGAGGCAGGGGGAGGCUGUGGGCAGAGCCUGAAACCUGGCAGGGUCCUGGGCGAGGGGGGAGGCCCCCAGAACCAGGCUGGUGCCAGUCUCAGCAUUCCGAUUCAGCAGCACCAGCUGCCCAUGGCUUUGGCCAUGGCCAGCACCUCCACAGGGCCUCCUGUCCCCACCAAGCCCUGCUCCAGCACCUCGAAUCCCUGGUGACCAUAACUCACAAACUCCAAGCCUCACUGUGGCCCCCAGGCCAGGGGCUGCUUCCCCCAUCCCCUGCAGCAUCUGCCCAGCCCCCUGUAGUUCCAGAGCCCCCUGGCCUAGCCCCUGACUCCUCUUUGGGCCCUACAGAUGGAGCUGGCAAGAGUGUACCCUCCCUAGAGAGGCCUGACCCUCCUUACCCACCAGAACAGGGGCUCUGAUUCCCUCACCAGUGCUGA